AUGGCAGGCUUUUCUUCCGAAAUUCCACUCACUGCUGUCAUGACUGGUGGCCCGGAGACAGCCUUCGCCAGUUCUGCGAUAGUAGCUGAUUCAACCUUGCGUUUGCCAACGACAACUGCAACUGUCACUCAAACCGCUGCACCUACAACACCCCCGCCGUCGAACAACGAUCACCACAAAUUGACGCCGGGCACCAUUGUUGCCAUAGUCGUUCCCAUCGCGGCUGUCAUAUUACUGAUUCCGUUCAUCUUCCUAUUCUAUCGAAGUCACCAGUUGAAGAAAGCUUCAAAUGCAAGGCGAGCUCAAAGGGAAUCCUAUGAGGGAAUGAUCCAAAAGCCAGCGAACGCCGCAGAGACAUCCCAGGCACCUCAGAUCACUCCAUUGCGUGCAUUUGGCGUCGACCCACCCCCAGGCUCCGCCGACGAAUCAGCAACUCGCCACCAAGCCAGCAGAUCCCUCGGUCUGUUCAAUUUCAACAUUUCACCUCCUCACUCACCAUCCUCAACACCACCGUCCACAUCGCCAUUUCUCUCAAUCGCACAGGCCGUCCCAAUACGGAAGUCACAGCCAUCAGUGGUAGAUGAGCGAAGACCGUCUUUAUUCCAAGCGGAAGGUCGUCAAUCGUUUCCAAGUUGGGCAUUUGACAGCCCCUCAAUCUACAGUACGCCUCACAUUCCCCCGGACAUACAAUCCUCGCCUUCGAAUGGAAUUGGCACGGCACAAAGUCCUGAGAUCUCUCGCCCAACUCUUGCUCGGAUUCCGUCAAGCAGAACCGUCACACCUCAUCGGAGACCUUCGAAAGAUCGACUCCGCCCGCCGGAACAACACAGUCCCGCUCGCACCCGAUCAUAUCCGCUAGCCAUAAACCCUUCCAUACCCUCAGGGAGACUGGAGUUGGGAAGUCCGUUUACAAUUUCAGAUUAUCUCAACAGGAGUCAAAGGCACUCGGAAGUCUCCUCAAUGUCAGACGACGACAAUCAUAUUGACAAGCGCAGUUCUCGUCAAUCUCAUCUUAUAUCCCCAAUACAGGAUAAUGGUGGCACUCAGCCAUUUAGAAUACUUUGA